GUAAUUUGGUUUACUGUAAGAUGAGCAACAGGGCCUCCGUUGGCUGUAGCGUAGUCGCUCUCAGUUACACAGACUUUUUUUUGUGACGCUUAUGUUUUAAUUUGUUGUUGUAACCCGGGAGAAAGUUUUAAAACGGCGCUGUUUUUUUUUAAUUUAUUUUUAAUAGAAUAACCUGAUUUGUUCAACAUUGUGUUAUGGAUGAAGUACGGCCUACCAGUGGUGCACAAGCCCACGGGCUGGUGCCGCUGUUUCCUCCAGGACUACAGGCUAUCUACGGGGAAUGUCGGCGACUUUACCCCGAUCAAGCCAAUCCGCUGCAAGUUACUGCCAUUGUGAAAUAUUGGCUUGGUGGACCAGACCCGCUAGACUACAUUAGCAUGUACAGAAAUAUGGGCUGUCCUGCUCAGGACGUCCAGGAGCAUUGGCACUAUGUGAGUUUUGGACUGAGUGACCUGUAUGGGGACAAUCGGGUUCAUGAAUUUACGGGGGCAGAUGGACCUAGUGGAUUUGGAUUUGAGCUCACCUUCAGACUAAAAAGAGAGGUGGGGGAGACAGCCCCCCCAACAUGGCCAGCUGAACUCAUGCAAGGCUUGGCCCGUUAUGUGUUCCAGUCAGAAAAUACAUUUUGUAGUGGUGACCAUGUAUCGUGGCAUAGUCCACUUGACAACAGCGAAUCUCGUAUCCAGCACAUGUUGCUCACAGAGGACCCGCAGAUGCAACCAAUUCAAACUCCAUUCGGUACACUGAGCUUUCUCCAGAUUGUGGGUGUAUGUACUGAGGAGCUGCAGGCGGCCCAACAGUGGAACGGCCAAGGCAUCUUGGAGCUGAUGCGUGGAAUCAGAGUAGCUGGUGGCCCCUGGUUAAUAACAGACAUGAGAAGAGGAGAGACCAUUUUUGAAAUUGAUCCACACCUACAACAGGAGAGAGUGGAUCAGGGUAUUGAGACAGAAGGUUCUAACCUGAGUGGGGUCAGCGCCAAGUGUGUGUGGGAUGAUCUGAGUCGACCACCAGAGGAUGAGGAGGACAGCAGAUCCAUCUGCAUAGGGUCACAACCACGCAGGCUCUCAGACAAAGACACAGAGCAGAUCAGGGAGACCCUCAGAAAAGGACUGGAGUUUACCAGCAAGGCAGCACUACCACCUAUCAACGGCCAGAAACAGAGCCAUGAGAGAGCGCAGAGUCGGAAGGACAGUCUGGAGAGUGAGAGCUCAGCAGCCAUCGUUCCUCACGAGUUGGUCCGAACGCGACAGCUGGAAAGUGUUCAUCUGAAAUUCAAUCAAGAAUCAGGCACACUGCUGCCCCUCUGCCUACGGGGCCGGUUACUCCAUGGGAGACAUUUCACUUACAAAAGUAUCAACGGGGACACGGCCAUAACGUUUGUGUCUACGGGAGUUGAAGGAGCUUUUGCUACUGAAGAACAUCCCUAUGCAGCCCACGGCCCCUGGCUUCAGAUAUUGUUGACUGAGGAGUUUGUUGAACAAAUGCUCGGGGAUUUACAGGAACUCAACACUCAUGAGGAGACAAAGUUACCAAAGGAGUACAGUUGGCCAGAGAAGAAGCUGAAGAUUUCUGUCCUUCCAGACUCUGUGUUUGAUAAUCCACUCCAAUGAGACAGGGAUGCCUCCUUUCUAGAAAAUGCAGACAAACAUUUCCAGAGUGCACCAUCAUGGAGGGGAGACCUCCCAGGGCACGCAGAGACCCUAAUCUGUCAGGAUGCAUAGAUCUGUUGCUCCUACCGUGGAUGAUAUAAGGCUGCUUCACUCCCGAAGAUGAUUCUGGGGAUUGACUUAACACUUUGAACUGUUACCGUAUUCUCAAACAAAACCCUGCUGUUUACAGCAUCUCUCCUGUGAUAAGAUUAUCAAAUCAUUCUCAAACCCGUUUUUCCACAUGGCUGACCUGUGAGUACUAACUCACAGGGCAAAGAGGAUGUUUUAAUCCCUUUUGUUAAAUUUAAAACAUACAUCACUAGAGAAUUUGAGCAAGCGUCCCGUGGUCAGCAUUGCCAGAAGCAAUAACUAGGUUGCAGUUCUCAGCAACAGUACUAUUUAUUCCAGUGGCCUUAGAAAGGGAAAAAAAAAUCACAAAACAAAACCCUUUAUCAGUGUUGUUUUCAGUUAUGCUAUUGUGUAUAGUAUUUACAAAUGCUGGACAUUUUUCUCUUUAUGUGUUUGUCUUCAUACCAAAGUUUUAUCUGUCCCCGUGUUGCUGCCAGCAACCAUCUAUGUCUCAAAAUUCUGUGGCAGUAAUCUGACGGGCUACACAUUAUGAUCAUCAGCCACUGCCUCUACUUGGGUAUCUCAUAAAUGCUGCAGGUCUAACCACUUCCACUCCCUUGUGCAAGGAACUUCAUUUUAAACAGUCAUUUUGGAGGUUUUUUGUUUUUUUUUAUAGUUGUAUAAUGAAGUGGAUCAGGUCUGUCAUGGGGCUUCUCCCAGAUGCUGCCUCCAGAAGCCACAUUGUUAUGAAAAAAAAUUAUUAUUUUUUUUCUUUGGGACCUGUUUGAAAUAGAGUGUAAUUCCUCAGUGCCUUGAGCUACAAAGGACUUCAUACUUUCCGUUAAUACUCAGAGCUACAUAAAACUUGUGGAUUAAGAGUCGUCACGUUAAACCAAGACUACUGCAUUCACUGCGUUUAGCCAAGACUGUCACUGCAUUCCAAGUCAACACUAAGACGGACUGAACUACCUUCACUCCAGUGUCUUCUUACAAAAACGUACUCUUAAAAACAUGAUGCCGUUUUUGUUUUUUGUACUUUCUUGUUUUGAAUUAAAGUUAUGAACUUUAGACAUUGAUAUUGAUACCUUUUGUAAUUAUCUUUAUGACUGAACUGGCUGAUUGUAAUCCUAAGUGCAUUAAAGUGUGUAGCUAUUACACAAAUAAAUCUGGAUCACUAACCUAA